GGAUAAAAUAUGCGCCGGCGGUCUCUCUGUUUACGUUCUGUGGAGGCAAGAAGUCAAGGAGACAGAGACAUUAUUGGAAAAUACCGGUUGAAAAAAUAAACACAUUAAAAAAAAGAACAAGAGGCAUAUUGUGGUUGAUAUACGAAGGGUGGGAAGAAAACAAAGAGAGUGGGAAGAAACAUAUCAGGGAGCCGCUUCAACUCUCAACACAUCUGAGAAGACCGUAGAGUGACGAGCAUUUCCCCAAGGUGAGCCAUGGCGUGGGGGGUGUGGUGCAUUUAUGUACUGGGCGCUGGUGUGCGGCUCUGGCUCAUGAACUCCUCGGGGGCAGACUUCAUAGCCAAGCGUGUCGAGUUUUCCACACCGCUCAAUUCCUGGAAGAGGGUUGAGGAAGGUGUUUUCCUGUACUCUCAAGGCAUACCAGUAUAUAGCGGUGGUGUUUUCCAUGAGACUCCUCUGUGUCUGCUCAUUAGCAGCUUUCUUGUUAAGUCUUGGAGAGCGUAUCUCCCACUGCUGUUUGUAGCCUGUGAUCUACUCACAGCAGCUUUGCUAGCAGCAGUUGCAGCAAGUUACAGCAGGAAGCAACUUGUUGAACAGAAAAAAAACAUUGACAAGUAUUCAGUUGAUGCCUUACCUCUGCUCCUUACUUCUGAGUCCUUGUGGUCUGGUGUGGCCUACGUCAGUGCUGUAUAUCUCUUCUGCCCCUACACUGUAGCGUCCUGUGUGGCCCAAACAACCACUGUGUUCGACAAUCUGGUUCUGGCCACAGUAUUGGUGUCCAUGGUUAAAGGUUAUUCCAUACUGUUUGGUGGGCUUGUGGCUGUGGCAACAUACCAGUCCUUCUACCCAGUGUGUCUGCUGGUACCAGGUAUCAUUAGCUUAGUGCAGGAAAAGAACUCUAUCUCAGCCCUCGUGAAGCCACUGCUAUCCUUUGCUGUCUCUUUGGCACUCUUAAUGAUGGUGUCUGCUGAGAUUGCUGGCAGCUGGGAGUUCUUAGAAGCAACUUAUGGCUUUAUAUUAGCAGCACCAGAUCUAACUCCCAACAUUGGUCUGUUUUGGUACUUCUUCACUGAGAUGUUCGAACAUUUUCGAUUGUUCUUCUUAGCAACUUUUCAAAUUAAUGCGUUUGUUUAUGUGUUGCCAUUAUCCAUUCGCCUUCGCCGAGAUCCCGUCCUGCUGGCCACUGCACUGCUUGCCUUCACUGCUGUCUUCAGGAGCUACCCAUCCCUCGGCAAUGUUGGGUUCUACUUGGCCCUUGUGCCCAUGUGGAAGCAUCUACAUCCAUUCAUGCGGCAAACCUUCAUUGUUGGGUGCAUGUUUGUGUCCACAUCAGUCCUGGGGCCCAUCAUGUACAACCUCUGGAUCUUCAGUGGCUCUGCUAAUGCCAAUUUCUAUUUUGCAGUCACUCUUGCCUUCAACACAGCUCAGAUUUUCCUCGUCACAGAUCUUCUCUUUGCUUAUGUAAAAUGGGAAUACCAGCUCACCCAUGGCUCCAAGAUAGAAGUAGAUGGAAGUCCUGGCCGGCUUACUUUACAGUGAUAAAUUGUUUUUCUUUUAUUUUUAUCACGUUAAGAGUUAGCCUAAGAACAUUCCUUUAAACUUCCCAAUUAUUUCAGGCUAUUUAGAUUUUUUGCUCUAGUAGUAAAGUUUGUCUUAGAACAAGUACUUUCAAGAGUAGUGAGUUUUUUUUACUCUAAAGAUUGCUGGUCAUUAGGUCUCAUUGUAUUUUAAAGUCCUGUCACAAAAACUAGAGCUCUAUUUUUACAGUGUUGUUCACUGCUGUACAUAAUAAUGUUUUUAAUGUGGUAUGAGUUGUUUUUAGCAAAAUGAGUAUAAGUGUCUGCCAAAAUCUACCUAGGCUUGGCUAUCACCAUGGCUUAGAAGGUGGAGUUGUGUAUUGUGAGUGUCCUGUUAUAUUUUAGUCCCUAAUUGGUUCCUUUUGGAAGGAUGAGGGAGGCUGUUAAUAAUGGUGGAAGCAGAGGGAGUACAGUGAGUGUGGUGAUUUGCAGGCUGAGUUAAGAUACGGUCUAGACAAGGACUAUUCUGAAACACUUCUGGCCACACCUGCAUUGCUUUCAGAAGGCUAUAAGUGCUUGACAUUUCUCAGGUUUUCAAGGGUGUGUUUAGAUAUGUAGUGACAAAUGAACAAGAUUUUGACAGUAUCAAGGAGAAAAAGUCUUGACAAUCCAGCUAAUCAUCUAUGUGGCCAUGCUGAAUAGUCUUGAGAGAGAGCAAAGUGUUUGAAUAUAGAUCCAAGAAGUAAGUGCAACUGUGCAACAUCAGAAAUGUGAAAUAAGUUAAUAGAAUGAAUGAAAGUCCAAAGAGCCAAAAAAAUCAUUGUAGGAAUUGGGAAUUGUGCUGCCUUUUGUAUUUAACAUUUCUAUCUCAUAAUAAAACUUGAUUAAUGUUA